CACUGCUCCAAGCGCCCUUCAAUGUUAACCUCCUCACCCCCUCCGCCUGCAACCACGACCUAUACGCCGUCGAUAUCAACUCCAGCAACCGAUCAUAUUGAUACCAGCGCAUCGUUGCAAGCCUAUCUUGCUGCACCUUUGCCUUACGCUAUCGAUGAUUGGGUGAAGGCUGCAUGUCCAUCGCACGGCUGCACAGCAGAAAAACGCUUUUACUGUGCAAAGUGUGUUUGCUGGGUAGGGGUUCCAGCCGGGGUGCAGGUACCGCGUUUGCGUCUGCCCCUCGAGGUGAACAUAAUCAUAGCAGACAAUCGUAAAAAAUCCACCGCAAUACAAGUCGGCGUGGUGGCGACGGAAUCGGUUCGGGUUUGGGACACGUGGACAGGAGGGCUCGAGGAGCUGGCUGCGGAGCCCUGGGAGGUAGAUGAGACGCUGGUGCUUUUCCCAUCUCAAGACGCAGUAACAUUGAAUGCUAUGUCAUUUGAGGAAUUAACAGUAAUAAAGCGAGUUGUAGUUCUCGAUUCGCGGUGGAACAACACAACCACGGUGCUAGACCACCCCGGGGUGAGGCGAUUGACAAAGCGGGUGAAGCUCAAGAAUCCCCCCCAGGAAUCGUUAUGCUGGCGAUAUCACUCCAAGGGAGAAGGUCUGCUAUCUUCUGCGGAAGCUUUGUAUUAUUUUUUCAAGGACUAUGAGUGGUUGACUCACAGACGAGUCAAAGCAGUACAUUCUGUGACGGAAAGCUCCGGUCAAAACGAAGACGGAGAAGUCAUGCUAGAGGAGAUUAUGCAUAUUUUCCGAUUAAAUAUCAAUGUUAUCAAAGAAUCCUACAAUAAAGGUGCGAGGAAGAACUUGCCAUUGCCUAUGGAAGCCGCAGGGAAAGCACGCAUCAAGGCGCACCGCAGCAAACAAAGGCUGGAGGCCGUCGCAAAAAAAUCCAAGAGGGAAAUUCUUCAGAAAGAGGGAGGAGUACAUCACGGAAGCAAAGAAGCAAUUGAAGAUACAUGA